AUGAAGUUAGUCAUUUGGCUUAACCAACCAAUCAAAAAUAUCAAUUUCUUAUCUCAAACAAAUUCAAUAAAAAUGUACGAACAAGAAAAAUUGGGUGAAUGGGUUGACGGAUGGAAAAGAAGAUAA